CCCAUGAGCUACCUGAGUUAAACUUUGACCCCUGACUGUACAGCAGAAUAUAGAGAUCUUAUGGUUUGAAUAGUUUUGUAAGUUGACAUGUGCACACUUAUGAUGUCUGUGGAUAUCUCUCUGUAAAGAUGUCUCAGAACAUGUUCCAGGAGGGGCUGUACCAGGUGUACAUGCAGAGCCCCUCUCCUGCGCCCCCUCCGAGUACACAGGGCACACAGGGGGAUCUGGAGAAUGCCAGGAUCCAUCGCUGGUUUGGAGCAGUGGUCAACACAAGACUUUUAGUGUCAGGGGUGGUGCAGGUGCUCAGUGCGGUGGCCUGCAUUCUCACCACAGUCAUUUACACCUGUGUGAGCUUCAACUGCACUGUUUCUAUGGCGACACCUGUCUGGUCCAGUCUAAUGUAUGUGGCCUCGGGGUUUUAUGCAAUGGAGGCUCAGAGGAAACCCAACAAAGUCAAGGUCAUAGCCCUGGUGGCUGCUAACAUCUUCAGUUUUGUGUUUGGGUUCUCUGCUAUGAUAAGCACCAGCCUGAAGCCUCAAGACUCCACUGCUCUCAACCCUAAGCAGAGGGUGGGGUCAUUUGUGGCCAAGGGCAGCUCCAUCACAUUCACAGUGCAGUGUUUGCUGGCCUCUCUCUACAUCCUGUUUCUGUGUUGGAGAGGCCUACAGCGCUACAGCCACACAGGCACACAGGCCUACAGCCGAGUGGCACAGGAGGUAGAAACCACCAAUGAGCCUCUUCUUGAAAAUAUGGAAUACAACCUUUGAUGGAGGGCGUCUGAGCUGCUCAAACCAGUUACUGUUUUAAGACAUGGUGAAUUUCAAUAACCUGGCUACAGAGACUUUAAAUGGAUCUGAAAAAAAUCCUCCAAUUGUGAACUGUAAAUUAUUCUUUUAUAUUAUACUUUUGUUGUUUAUCAUUAUUUAAUAACUAUAAUUCUCAUGUUCAGAAAAACCCAGUGCCAAAACGUUUUUCCUUUGUGUUUCCUCAUAAUCACUCAUGAAAUAGAGACUUUCACCAGCAGAAGGCGCCAUUGUUUUGUGUUUCCAUGUCUUGACUUGGAGAAUUGGCCAGACAGUUUUUUCUAAAUGUCACAUCUCAUCCAUCAGCUUUUGUUCAAUCUGUUGUGCUCCUGGUAAAUGUCACAGCACAACCAAGUCCUGCUCCUCUGACAUUCAGUACAAUCUCAUCCUAUUUAAUACUUUUUACAAAGCGUACAAAUAAAUUAAAAGAAAAACCCAAUUAAAUAAAAGAGGUCCAUGUUAGUCCUGGUCCAGUUUUGGUCCUGGGUGAGACUUUUAAUCCUGGUUUAGACCUACAGAUCUGUUUCAGUCCAAGGGUAGACCUGAUUUAGUCUUAAUCCAGACCUGGUUUAGAUCUGUUUAGUCUUGUUUCGGUCCUAGUUUAAACCGUGUGUGUGUGUGUGUGUAAUCAUAGUUUUGACAUUUCUGUGAAUCUCCUUUACUCCUCCUUUUCAGUGGAUCUGCUUUAGUCCUGGUUCAGUCUCUGUGUAGACCUACUUUAGACCAGUUCCAUGCUGGUUUAGACCUAAUUUAGUCCUGGCUCAAACCUGCUUAAAUCCUGGUUUAGACCUGAUUUAGUCUUAGUUUAGACCUGAUUUAGACCUGAUUUAGACCUGAUUUAGACCUGAUUUAGACCUGAUUUAGACCUGAUUUAGACCUGAUUUAGACCUGAUUUAGACCUGAUUUAGUCCUGGUUUAGACCUGACUUAGUCCUGGUUCAGUCCUAUUUAAAUCUGUUUUAGUCCUGGUUUAGAUCUGCUUUAGUCCUGGUUUAGACCUGCUUUAGACCGGCCUGUCCUAUUUCAGACCUGCUUUAGUCCUGCUUUAGUCCUGGUUCAUGACGCAGAUUUGUACUGGAUCAAAUGUUCACACAGACUUCUGCAGGAGUGAAAAAAUCUGAGUGCAGUUCUCACGCCAUGUGGACCUAAGCACUUCCAGCUGCUCUAGAGCGGGUCAGGCUGUGGAGGGGAGGGGCCAGGCUGUGAAGGUGGGUUGGGUUGUGGAGGCGGUCUGGGAACCCUGCACCGUAAAACAAAUAUGGACUUCAUUAGAGAGUUUGAACCGACUGACAGAGAAAGAGGGAAGAGGAGGGAAGGGGGUCCUCAGUAAAUCUGACUGAACUACAGCACACAAAGAGGAAGGAGAUCACGCUAUUAUUUGGCAGAUUCUUUAUAAUCCACAACUGCACUGUCCUUUUCAAUGUUUGGUUUUAUCUGAAUGCUUUUAACUGUAUGUUCAUAAAUGUAGAUUUUAACUGUCUGUAAAUUGUAAAUUGUAUUGUAUUGUAUUGUAAGGUGACCUUGAGUGCCCAGAAAGACGCCCUGUAAAUAAAAUUUAUUAUUAUUAUUAUUUGAAUUUUCAGAAGUGUAACAGCAGGUACACUACCCACCAAAAGUUUGCACACCGUAUGUUUUUUUUCUUUAUGUUUGCUACUUUCUACAUUUUAGAUACAUAUGGAAGACAUUAAAUAUCUGAUGAAGAUAUGUGUAUUUAUGCAGCAAAGAAAAAGUUAAAUACUAACUACAUUUAAAAAAUAUUUUAUAUUCAAAACCUCAAAGUAG